UGAUUCUGUCCCUCCAAUCCUGAAUGUUUCAUAUUUUAGGUUAAAUCUUUUUUGCUUGUAAUUUGAGUUUUCCAAUAACAGUAAUUUCAAAAAAUAUGGCAGAAAGUGCCGGAAAUUGGUGUUUGAUUGAAAGUGAUCCUGGAGUUUUCACAGAGUUAAUUCGUGAAUUCGGAUGCCAGGGAGUGCAGGUUGAAGAACUGUGGAGUUUAGAUGGCGAACAGUUCGAAAAAUUGAAACCAAUACAUGGUUUAAUAUUUCUGUUCAAAUGGACAAAGGAUGAUGACAUUUCUGGCUCACUAGUACAAGACAGUAGGUUAGAUAAGAUAUUCUUUGCUAGACAAGUAAUAGAAAAUGCUUGUGCAACUCAAGCUAUUCUCAGCGUUUUAUUGAACUGCCGCCACACCGAUUUGAAAUUGGGGCAUACCCUUUCAGAACUGAAAGACUUUUGUCAAGGUUUUGAUGCCAACAUGAAGGGGCUAACAAUUAGUAAUUCACAGGUUAUAAGAACGGUUCAUAAUUCAUUUGCAAGGCAGCAGAUAUUUGAAUUUGAUUCCUCAGUUUCAAAUAAAAACGAAGACGUUUUCCAUUUUGUUAGUUAUGUACCUAUCGAUGGCAGAUUAUAUGAAUUAGAUGGCUUGAAGCAAGGUCCCAUCGAUCUGGGAGCUAUUCCAGCAGAUUCUGAAUGGACAGAUAUCGCAAGACCAAUAAUUGAAAAGCGUAUCCAAAGAUAUAGCGAAGGAGAAAUACAUUUCAAUCUCAUGGCUCUUGUAAGUGAUAGGAUAAUGCUCUACAACAGGCAAAUAGAUGAAAUUCAUAAACAAGCCGAGGCUGCUGGCAUGGAAACAGAUUCUCAACAGGCUGAACUAACAAAAUUACACCUUUUGAUAAUUGAAGAAGAAAAGAAGCGAAAAGGAUAUCAAGUGGAAAACAUUAGGCGUAAACAUAAUUACUUGCCCCUGAUUGUGGAAAUUCUAAAAAUAUUAGCCAAGGAGGGAAAGCUCAUGCCUCUUUAUGAGCAAGCUAAGGAAAAAACAAUGAAGAAACAGAAGUCAAAAGCUUCGACGUAACGUGUAAUAUUUAUUGUCACUAUAUUUCAUAAAACUUAGUUUUUAUAUACUUUUUCAAAAACACGACUGGAAAUAUUGAAAAGAAAUGAAUAAUUAAUGAAAA